GUCAACCAGGUGCAACACAAUCAGUCAAACAUGCAUUCGCCAACCCAUACCUCAGUUGGUCAAGUCAAAAGCGAUGACACUGUUGAGGGCCCCACUGUCUCAGAACGCGAAGGUGUUGAUCAACCUUCGUCUGCUGCCGAAGAGCCAGCAUCUGCCCAGCCUCCACCCGAGGAUACUACCGAGAAAGCAAAGAUGUCCGACACGAAGAACAAGGAACUAGAGGCAACAGUCCAACAAGAGGAAACAGUUCCUGCUCAGAUCCCUGGACCGAAAGAUCUGCCCGCCGAUACGGAUGAUCAUAAUCGCGAAAUGGAACCAGAGGCAGCAACUGCUACCGAAGCGCCUAUCAAGCCUGCUUCCUCAUCCGCAUCGUGCUUGGUCUCUUCUCAGAACCAGACUUCGCACUCGUGUGAGGAAUGCGUCAAGAAUCAAGCUAAGAUCAGCCACCUAAAACAGGAGAUCACCAAAGCAGACAAAGAGGUGGCCAGAACAGAUCAGGAAAAGGCUGAAUUGGAGCAAGAGCUUGCUAGACUGCUCAAGAAGUCUGCCGAGGUAGACCAGGAGAUCGCCAAAUACGAACAAGAGAACGCUAGAAUGACGCUACUCACCAAAUUGAAUCAAGACGUCGAGAGUGUGACCAAGGCACUGGGCCGUCUCCACGUACAGGUGGUCAGGUUGAACCUUGAGGUCGAAAAGCUGAACGCAGACUCCAUUGCCACUCGGCAGAAGUUCACGAAGUGA